GGCCCUUUGGCCAUGUAAUGUGUGUGGGACUGGCUUUUCCCUAAUUUGACCCUUCUCCUUUCAGUGGGAGGGAACUAUUGAAAGGAACAAUGAGCUUAUAAAUACAUUAGGACCUGGAAUUCAGUUGUUCAGCCAAGCCACGAGGGUGGACAGCGUUUAACAAAGUUUGGAGAAACCUCCAGGAGACUGCUAUCAUGGCGGAGAAGCCCAAGCUCCACUAUUUCAAUGCACGGGGCAGAAUGGAGCCCAUCCGGUGGCUCUUGGCCUCAGCUGGAGUAGAGUUUGAAGAGAAAUUAAUAAAAUCUCCAGAAGAAUUGGACAAGUUAAGAAACGAUGGGUAUUUGAUGUUCCAGCAAGUGCCAAUGGUUGAGAUUGACGGGAUGAAGCUGGUGCAGACCAGAGCCAUCCUCAACUACAUCGCCAACAAAUACGACCUCUAUGGGAAAGACAUAAAGGAGAGAGCCCUGAUUGAUAUGUAUAUAGAAGGUAUGGCAGAUCUGUAUGAAAUGAUCCUUCUUUUGCCCUUAUGUAAACCUGAGGAAAAAGAUGCCAAGAUUGCCAUGACCAAAGAGAAAACAAAAAAUCGCUAUUUGCCUGCCUUUGAAAAAGUCUUAAAGAGCCACGGACAAGACUACCUUGUUGGCAACAAGCUGAGCCGGGCUGACAUUCAGCUGGUGGAACUUCUCUGCUACGUGGAAGAGCUUGACUCCAGCCUUACCUCCAGCUUCCCUCUGCUGAAGGCCCUGAAAACCAGAAUCAGCAACCUGCCCACGGUGAAGAAGUUUCUGCAGCCUGGCAGCCCAAGGAAGCCUCCCAUGGAUCCGAAAACUUUAGAAGAAGCAAGGAAGAUUUUCAGGUUUUAAUAAAGCAGCCAUGGAGGCCAAGAACAUGCAAGGCCAAUAUUCUAAAGCUUUGCAACAAUAAAGUGCUUUACCUAACUGUUGAUUGUGCCUGUUGUGAAGCUAAUGAACUCUUUCCACUUAUAUGCUAAUUAAAUAAUAAAAAACUCCUAUUUGCCGACAGUUAAAAUUGAUUUCUUUUCAUUAGGAUCUGAUAUGAAUUCAGAUUUCCAAUCUCCUCCUAGCCUAUCAUAUCACUUUCUUGGAAUUAAAAAUUUAGUAAAAAAGGAAACUAUA